UACUAACUAGGCUCUGGCCAUACCAAUGAUUUAGACCGGGAUCACAAGCAUUCUUGCGGCACGUGGCGGUGAUAGGAUUUCCCAGACAGUGGUGAUGAGAGUGGCGUGUUCGACAGUGUGGCCACCACAUUGCGGUACCUGCCAAAUCUGUGAAAAAAGGGGUAGGGAAACAUGACAGAUAAACGUGUGCUCUUGGUUGGAUUAGCUUGCCUGGACAUUGUAAGUGUUCAUGAUCAUUACCCAAUAGAGGACACUGAUUCACGUUCAAUUAAACAGCUCUUCAACCGUGGUGGUAAUGCAGGCAAUACAUCUGUGGUAGCUUCCCAACUUGGGGGCCCAGUAGAAUAUCUCGGAACAAUAGCAUCUCAUGUAUUCUCUGAGAUUAUAAAGAAAGAUUUCCAACAGUACAAUGUGAAAUUUGAGAAUUGUCGUUUCCAUGAAAACUGUGAAACACCGACAUCGUGUGUUAUUAUAAAUGCAACAAAUGGGACAAGAACUAUAUGUCAUGGUAACAAUUCUUUGCCUGAGCUCAGUGUUGAUGACUUUUCUAAACUUAAUUUAUCAAAAUAUAGUUGGAUCCAUUUUGAGGGUAGAAAUAUCACCAGCGUCUUGGAAAUGAUUACAAUUAUUGAGAACUUCAAUUUAAACAGUACUGACCACAUAAGGAUUUCAAUUGAACUUGAGAAGCCAAAAGCGAAAGAUAUCGACAAACUUCUACCCCUGGGCCAUGUGGUAUUCAUAAGUAAAGAUUAUGCAAUGGGUCGUGGUUACACAACUUCUGAAAGUGCAUUAUCUGGUCUAAAUGGUAAAUUGAGAAGUGGAGCCCUUUUGAUCUGUGCAUGGGGUGAUAAAGGUGCCUGGGGAAGGAAUGCAGAUGGUGCCAUUUUCCAUGCCCCAGCUUUUUCUCCCGAGAAGGUAGUUGAUACGUUGGGUGCCGGGGAUACCUUCAAUGGUGGAGUUAUUUGGGCAUUAAACCAAGGACAAGAUCUUUCUGAAGCUUUGAACAUUGGUUGUGAAAUUGCUGGAAGGAAGUGUGGAAUUUAUGGCUUUUCUGGUGUAGCUGAUAAAAUCAACUGUUUAAAAUAAAUUUAUUAAAAACAUCUUGCAAUUUUUGGCUUUUUUAAGCUGUUCUAAUACCUUUUAUCACAUAAUGCUCAUAUACAUGCUUUUUUGGAAAAAAUAAAGAAAAUUUUUACCUUUUUUAUGUGUUGUGUGCGAUAGAGUACCAUAGUCGUGUCGCCAGAUGGCGCUCUCUGUUGUCAACAGACGUUGGUGACUGUUCAUUAGGCCUGAAUGACUUUAUAGGCUUUCUGGAAUAGGCAUUUAAAAAUCUAAUAUUUUACCAUCAAAAUGUACUAAAAACACAAAAGCUCGCAUUAUAUUAGUUAUCGAACACACAUUUAAUCAUCAAUUAAAAUUUACAAAGAAAAAGUAAGCUACAUCAUCUUAAUACUGUAAUAACGUUAAAAAUUGGGAUCAAUGGUUUGUCAGUGGAGUGUUUUGCAACGAUAGCAACGGAGUAUUAUCACGCAGUAUCGUGACGCAACACUGCAGUACUCUAAGGGGGAGUCACCUACCUGGGGCUGCCCACUGUAUCUCAACAUUCCAUAAAACGAAAGGGACUUUACUUCAAAAUCUGGUGGCACCAGUUAAAUAAGUUAUAUUGAUGAUGCUGAUCAAUGAAGUGCAGUACUGUACAUCAUUUUAUCAAAAAGAACAUGUUUUUUUAACAAUUUAUUAACUGAAAACCGAUUUCAUUUUUAUUAUGAUAGUAUCAAUAAAUUUGUAUUCUUACUGCACCUA